AUGGCGAUAGCCCUACUCAUUUGUGCUUCCUGUGUGCCGCUAUAUUUUGUGGCCCAAGCCCUACUGUCCCCUCUUCGCGGUAUUCCAGGUCCAUUCUGGGCUAGGUUUACCAGAUUAUGGAAACUCCUUGAAAUAUAUCGAGGCCGUUUUGAGAAGACAAGCAUCGCCUUGCACAAGAAAUAUGGUAAGAGAAUGUCAGCAUGUUCUCAUAAACAAAGCGCUGAAACCACUAUAUCAGGUCCGAUUGUCCGGAUUGCACCCAACGAAUACAGUAUCGAUGACCCUGGUGCAGUAAAAGAGAUUUAUGGUCUGGGCAGCCAGUUUAUUAAGAGCCCAUGGUACACUGCGAGUAGCAGCCCAGACCCGAACGCCGUGAAGGACCUCUUCUCUGACCGGGAUGUCAGGACGCACGCAUCCAAUAGGAGAAAGGUGGCUUCACUCUAUUCCAUGUCAAAUUUGGUGCAAAUGGAGCCGUUUGUAAACGACUGUACAAAGUUGCUGGAAGCUAAAUUCACCAAAUUUGCGGAGCAGGGCAGGCCCGUAGACAUGGGUCAUUGGUUGCAAUGUUACGCAUUUGAUGUUAUUGGGCAUAUUACCGUAUGUCCUUCUCUCCUAUCGCAGGGACGGCCUGAAUAUCUGAUGCCUCUACAGUUGGGAGAGCGAUUCGGCUUCUUGGACAACGGCGAAGACAUAGGGAGCAUCAUUGCUGCCGUCAAUGAUUACGUAUCAUACGCAGCCCAUGUCGGUGUUUACUCGGAACUUCACGGGAAAAUAAACGAGUUACAGUCCAGGUUUCGCCAGAAAGGGAGUGGGAUGGCGAAUAUGGUGGCUUUUACGCGAAAGCAAUUGCAACAGCGCAUUUCGGAUUCCAUUGAAAAGUCUCUGGACCGGGGGGACUUUAUAAGCAAACUGCUAAGCUUGCAUAAGGAAGACCCAAAAGGAAUCUCUGAGGGAGAUAUUUUCACUACAUGCAUGACAAACAUCGGCGCCGGAUCAGAUACUACAUCCAUAAGCCUUGGAUCCAUCGUUUAUUACCUCUGCCGACAUCAAAAUGCCAUGCACGCUUUGCGAGAGGAGAUCGCUACUAUGGAAGCUAAAGGUGAGAUCUCCAAUCCGGUUACAUUCGCCGAGUCGCAGAGAAUGCCUUAUCUCCAGGCCGUCAUCAAAGAAGCCCUGAGAAUGCACCCAGCGACUGGGCUACCACUUGGCCGGGUUGUGCCACCAGGAGGGAAGGUGAUUGCAGGGUGUCAAUUACCUGAAGGGACCGUCGUCGGUAUCAACAGCUGGGUUGCACAUGCCAAUACUGCGGUGUUUGGAGAUGACGCAUCGAACUUUCGGCCGGAGCGCUGGCUUGAUGGGAAGGAGAAAACUGCGAGCCUAGAUAGGUACUUUUUCAGCUUUGGCAUGGGCUCAAGGACGUGCAUUGGCAAACAUAUUAGCCUUCUAGAGAUGUCUAAGUUGGUGCCGCAGCUUAUUCGCAAUUUUGAUAUCUCGUUGGAAAAUUCGCACCAGACUUGGCGAACUACCAACAGGUGGUUCGUAAAGCAAAGUCAAUAUCCUUGCAAGCUCGAACGGAGGGCAAAUUGA